UUACGCGCUAUAAUAAAUAUAAUUUUAUAAAUUGAAUUUUCAUGAUUAAAUUUUACCAAAAUAAAAUUGCUUUGUCCUUAUUUUCAGUUUUUAAAGUGAAGAUACUUCUGCUGGUUUACUAUAAACGUAAAAUAAUAAUUUAUUAAAAUAAAUUUACACAAAUCCUUUUGUCAAAUUAAAGUCAAAAAUAAAUAUUAUCACAAUCAAAAGCUUCAGUUGGUAUCAGUGACUGAUAGUAACGAAUCAGCUGACUGUCAUAGUGUUUAAAGGUAUUGUUUUGGUCGGUAAACGAAUAUUGAAAAUUAUGUUCCACUAAUAAAUAGAAAAUGGCUUGUAAUAAUCUGAUCAUUAUUAGAAUAUAAUAGACUACAAAUACCUGACCAUGCAAGACAUUCUAAAUGAACUUUAUAAUAUAGAAGAGCCACCAAGAAGAAGAUGGGCAUAUCCAAGGGACAAUGAAAGAAACUAUGUGGCUGCAUGUUUCCAUGCUAUUUCAGCAUUUUUAACUACACUUUCACUUAUACAUCUUAAUUGGUUUAGAAUAUUUGGAAAUUUGUGUAGCCCUCAUUUAGCAUUGUACCAGUUCAUGAGGCUUGGUCAUUUUGAAGGUGCCAUUCAGGAUAAUAGUAUAAAGCUCGCAGUGACGAUAGAGUAUCAUACCGGAACAGAAGUGCUCCAAUGUAUCACACCAGAAGUUUUAAAUUUAAUGCGAGUUCUAGUAAUGUUGUCAUUUCUGUGUAUAUUCUGUUCAAUGGUUGGAUUUUGUUUGGAUAUGAUAGGACCAACAAAGAAAUCCUUGAGAUUUGUUAGGAGGAAUGGAUUGCCUAGCACUUGGGCAGUUUUAAUUAUAAUUACAAUGGUUGGUGUUUGCUAUCUUGUUACCAAUGCAUUGGAAUAUGCUAUUCAAGAAUUGUAUGAGAGUCGAAGGUUCCAUAUUGCCUACGGAUAUGGGGUGUAUACUAUUACUGCAGCAGGAGCAGUAUCCCUUCUAGCAACUGCUUGUAAUCUUUUACAAGAUCCAGCAGUUCAGGUAAUUGAAACUCCUCCUCGAGAGAGAUUGGUAGAAGAUUAUGAUGGCAUUGAAACUUUCUCAGUGGGAAUGAGAAAUCUACCCCCACCGCCUCCUUAUUCUCCAUGACCUGACGGAUAACAGGAGGAGGAAGAUGAACCAAGUGAGACCAGCCAGCUGCUCACGUGAUUCAUCUCAUUUCUUCAUCGAGUUGUAAAUAUUGAAAGACUUAAUACUCAUGGCAAGUCAAAAAUAAUAUUCAUUAUAUUAUCAUUGUACUUCAGUAAAUGGACGUCUCACUUCCUAUAAUUAUAUUUAUGUUAUUUUUCUAACAAAUCUUAACAAAACCAAAACGGACUGGUAUCUUUUAGAUCUCAUGAUAUUUUAUAUAAUUUAACAUUUCUAAAUGACAUUCCCUGAAUUUAUUUGAUUUAAAAUUAAAUUUAUCAAUAAUAACAUUGGUUUACUUCAUUGAAAAUAAGCUGAACCUUACGUGUUUUAAUUUGUCAGUAUCUCAUGUAAUUGUAUUAUUAUAUAACUUUUUUAAAAAUUAUUAUUAAUCAUUUAUUGUUUUUAUUUUAAAACUUGUAAUAAUUGUUGAUUCAGUCAUAUAUUAAAAUACUAUGUUAUAACAGUAUAGAAAUUGAAGAGUCGUGUUAGCUUUAAUAGUGAUUAGAUCGUUGAUUUGUUACAAUAAUUCACUAAGUGCAUUCGUAAUAUAGGUUAACUUUCAAAUAUGUUUUUAUUAAUUUUGAUCUUAUUUAUCUAUUCUAAAGUGGUGGUAAGUGCACGAAAAUGACACACACCCUUUUAUUUAUCAUAUGUAGUUACACUAAGUGCACAAUUUUCUGAUUUCAAAAAGGAAAAUUCUCAAAUUUCUUAAUUAUUGAAGUUAUGAGAUGUCACUUAAUGUCUUUUUGCAAUAAACCGACGAUAUAUGUAAUUUUAAUUUUUAAAUUUUAAAUAAAUAAGAGAAGUGUUAAUUGUAAAGUUUGCGAUAUGAAGUGCGAUUAUAUUAAAAAAAAAAAAACUUCUAAGCAAAAUCUAUUUUACAAAGGUUGUAUUUUAUUAAUUGAAUGCUUGACAUGAUUUGAUGUUGUAAAAUAUAGAUCUCCCUAGUGAAAUUAUGCAUAUAAUUAAAACAAAAAGUAAUAGAUUAUAGUUUUCUGGUUUCAUAUGAUAAAUAAUUUAAAUGGUUGCUCUAUGUCACUUUUUCGACUGAUUUAAAAUUACUAAUUUAAUAUUUAAGAAAUAGACUUUUUAAUAGAUUUAUCAGAACCUGGUAUAAUAAAAAAAUAUUGUAUUAAUUCAUGUUUAGAGUCUGUCUAAGAUGAGUUUGCCGGUGGGUGGAGAGGAUGAGAGAGUAGUAACACAUUUUUCCGCCGAUUCCCCCGUCUUCUCUCUACUCAUUCUGCCAGUUUGACUUCCAUUUCAGUGUAAUAACUUUUAACGGUGAAAUACACUUUUACGAUUUCUUUUACUAGUAAAAAUGUCUUUUACCAUUUUUUUUUUCUUUUCUUUUACCAAUUUUUGUUUACUAUAUUAAGUAAACUGGGUAGAGAGAAAACUAUCCACUCUUAGACCAAAAACGUAAUUAUGAAUGUAUUUAAAUUCACUCGGUUUUACCAUGUUCAUUUAUGUUCAACACUCCAAAGAUUGCUCUCUUUAGAGUCACAUGGAAGGUCACUACAGGUCUGUGAGAUCCACUUCAUUAAAUCAAUUUAUUAAUCAAAAAUACAAACAAUUUCCUCAUUAAAAUGAAAAAAAAAACAGAUAUAAGAUGAGAUUUUAAAUAUAUUUAUUGAGUAAAAAACACAGUUACGUAGUUUUAAAAAAAUAUUAAAAAUCAAAACAAAAAAUACAUUGAAAAAAUUAAGAACUUGAAUAUUAAAUUCUGUAUACCAUUAAAUAAGAACACAAAAAUCACUGAAUACUAGGCAUAAUUAUAAUAGGAUUAAAGAAUAAUUAAUAUAAACAUCAUCACAACAUGAACAGGAGCAUGUAAAGCUCCAAUUUCUUAUCGAUAGUCACAUCGGCCCUUACUGGAUAACAAGAUUAGCAGUUUUGACAAACUUUUCAAAUAUAUCCUAGACAGGUGCCAGUCGGUCUAUUUCUUUACGUUAUUGAUGUGUUUCUCGGUUGUCAAUUCGUAGGGAUCAAAGUAAAAAUCGAUACCUUCAUACACUCAUAGUGGGACGUAACAUUUCAAUUCCAAACUUGAAAUUAAUUGUUCCACUUGAGUCUCACAAAUCAUCCAGAUCUUCUUCCCCGGUUUGAUGCACUCCUGCAAUAUAUAACAGUAAAAUAAAGGCUUUGAUUUCAAUUUUAUCGAUCGCCAUUGCAUCCCUUUCCCAUGACAAGUUUUCACAUACACCGUCAUUCCUCAAGUUUGGCUCAAAAGUUGGAUGCAACACAGAUCACUCCACUACUGGAUUAUAAGAAUUCAAGAACCAAGAGAAUACGUGGAGAGAGAGUCUUCCCCCCUCCCCCUCCCAAGCAGUAUAAAACAUAUCAAAUAGACUGCUUGACAGAUCUCUCAGAUCCUGUGCGACCUUCGGAGUGUUAACAAUGUUUAAGCUUCACAAAUACUUUUUUAUACUGUAUACUGUAUAUUUAUUAGAUCUAAAAAUUAAUUUUUACAGUCUAUUUCUUGAUAAACUUAGAGCUACGGAUCCGGACCCUAACAAUAACAUUGAAUUGUGUGAACAGUUGACCCCACGAAUUCACAUUUUUUUUUCUUAUUUUCAUUAUUUAACAUUCUUGCUGGUAUUUUAUUUUCAUUUUUAAUUAAAAUCCCUACAUUUAAUAAACAUUUGUGCGCAAUUUGAAGAAAAUUGAAUAACUCAUUUCUGGUAUGAUGUUGUUGUUAUGUUGAGAAGUGGAGCUUGAGAGGUUUUUGGGGAGGAGGAACUUGAGAUAGUAAAGGCCGCGUGAGUUCCCUUCCCCUACAGGCAAACUCAUCUUAGACGCACUAUACAUCUAUAAAUUAUUAAAUUUUUGUUUACUUUAUGUUUACAAGUGUUAUUUAUAUUUUUCUAACACAACUCAUUCCAAAUAGUUUACAUUUAGUCAUCAAACUUUCUAUUUUAUGUUUACUUUAUAAAUUAAAAUUGAAGGAUUGAUUAAAAGAAAAAAAAAGAAGAAAACAAAGAGAAAAUCUGACUAACCAAAAGGGAAAUUUAAAACAUAUAUGGUGGAAAUGCUGACCUACAUACUCUUGGUUAGUUUUUUUAACUUAUACGAUAUCUUGGCUGCCUAAAGGUACUAUUUUGCUGGUACUGCCCAUCGCACUGACUAGCAGUUAACCACUGCUUCAGUAGAAUAGAAAGGAGCCUAUUUCGUUGGCACUGCUCGGCAAUCUAGGUAUGAUAUCGCCUCUUAUAGAUACUGCUUCUUUCUGACCACUCCUCGAGUCAGUGAAGCUGUUGAUAGUGCGGCAGUGAUGGGUUAUGUUAUCAUAUAAGUGAAUUGUUUUGAUGAUAACAGUCACCUUGAUACGUUUCAUUUCUUUUUUUUUUUAAUUAGACAAAAUUAAAUGGAAAAUUGAUUAAAAUUUAAACAAAGCUAUAGUAAAUCAUUCUUUUAAGGCUGAAGGAACAAGAUUAUUCGUUGCACCAAAAAUAUUUUACAGAUGAAUUCAAAUAUACUUAAAUCCAAAAGACAUUAAGUAAAUUAAAUAAUAAGAAAAAAACAACAUUUUUAUUUAAAAUUACUUUAAAUCACAAAAACGCCUAUUCAUCCCUCUUUUUCCAGUCCGCUGGUGUUCCUUAAGGUAGUAUCCUAGGUCCUAUCCUUUAUACAGUUGACAUCCCAACCUAUCCCAACACUGUCAUCAGCUCGUAUGCCGAUGACACAUGUAUCCUAUCAGUAAACAAUGGCCCAUCAAUAGCAUCCCAAAUGCUUCAGUCACACAUCAUAAAUCUUGAAGAAUGGUGUCAAAACUGGAUAAUUAAAAUAAAUCCCAUCAAAUUACCUUUAACCUUCGUCGUAAACCUAUGACUUCCUGUCCUACAGUUUCCUUUAACAAUACUCCACUUAUCCCUAUUGAGCAAAUUCACUACCUAGGACUCCAUCUGGACAAAUGUCUAACUUGGAAUCCUCAUGCCAGACUGAAACGACAAGAAACCGCUUGAUGUUUCCGGUUACUUCAGCAAUUAUUAGGCAAACGCUCUAAACUUCCAAUUAAUUACAAAAGACUAGUAUAGAUGACUAUUAUAAGGCCUAUUUGGACUUACUGAGUUGAGCUAUGGGGCUCCACUAAACCAUCAAAUUCCUCUCGUAUCCAACACUUAAAUCCAAAAUCCUUCGUAAAAUCCUCAAUGCUUCCUACUUUGUUACAAAUAAAACCAUCUAUAAUGACCUUAAUAUUUCUUAUGUUUCAGAUCUGGCCCUAUAUACCUAUCCUUCCAUAAUAAACUUCAGAAUCAUCCCAAUUCUCUCGUUUCUAAAUUCCUCUUCAAUUCCUGAUAACCAUUCGAGGCAUUUGAAAAGAAGAUGUCCCCGUGAUCUCCUAAUGUAGACAUAUCAUUAGUGCUACCAUUGGGUAGUUACUCAACAAGUGUUUUCACGUCAAGCUAAACUUUUUAAUUAAAAUUUCUUCAAACUAAAUUGCUAAAUUGAAAUAAUUUGGCCACAAUAGCGAGCAGUUUCAACAGAAUAGACCUGCAUGAACGGUUGAAAUUAUGGAACGACAGUCGCUAGCGUGGGCAGUACCAGCGGAAUAGUACCUUAAUACAGCCUUUUCCACUUCUGUCUAUCUUGUUUCCCAGUUUGCUGUUCUACGUAGUUUUUCUUCCCCAUCUUUGUUUAUUCUGUCUAUACAUUUGCUUUUUGGCUGUCCAUGAGAUCUUUUGCCAACUAUUGAGGCUUCAUUAUUGUUUAGAAGCCAUGAUGGAUUACUAUCAUAAUCCGUGAUAGUAAUUCAUGAUGGAUUGCUUUUGCUACCUGUUCCACCCAUCUUAAUCUCCACUACUAGUUUCACUAGCUGGAAAAUUACUAAAAGUGAAGCUAUCAUCUUAGUGGUGUAAGGCCAUUCAAUUUUUGAAUAGUCCGGUUUUUGGGAUCAAUCCUUCAUUAGUUUUAUUUCUAGCCUACAUAUUGUAUAUUGCUUUUUUUUUUUUUUUUUUUUUUUACUUUUUAGAUGACUUGUUAUUAUAGGAUAUCCCUUCAUGACAUAUUAUGUGAUAUUUAAUGGAAUGUUUAUUGUAACUAGUCUCAAAUUGCUUUUAGUAUUAUAUUAUUGUUGACUUUAUUAUUCGCCUAAGUAUGAAUUAUAUCUAUUACAAUAUUGUGAAUAAUAACUCAUUAUUUUAAUGUUUUAAUUUGACUGAAGAUUUAUGCGAUAUAAUAAUGCUUUGUUAAGGUAAAUGUAUAAAUGAAUUGUAUUCAAAAUUGAAGUAUUUAAAAAAGAAAAUUGUAUGUUAUUUAAUAAUUUUCAAGCCUAUUUUAGGCCUAAUAAAAUCUAUUCUUAAAUUUUAUUAUUACUUAUGACAAUUUAUAAUACUCAUUUUUUUAAUAUACCUAUAUAUAUACUUAAAGUAUUUGUAAAAUAAUGAUUAUUAAUAAUUUGUAAAUUGUGCUUCUAAAUUUUACUUUUUACUUGAUGCGAUGUUACCAAAAUCACGUUCAGUUCUCUUUCAUUGCGUCUUAUCUCUGCUAAGUGAUUGCUAGAGAUCUCAUAGAAUUGUAGAAAGGUUGAUCAAAAUAUUAAUAAAUGUGUUAUUUACAUUAUUAUUAACUAGUUUAAAUAAUGGAUUCAUUGUUAUGAUGUUUCUUCGGAUUAGUGAUUGACGCAAUACUUAUGUGAAACUUUGUAUAAAUUUAUUAUUAUCAUAGUAAAUGUUUUGACUUUUCUGACUUAUCAACUUCUGUAUAUACAUAUCAUCAAUGUUUUGCCAUUUAAAACAACUUUCUGAAAUUGGAGACUAAUGAUGUUAGUUUUGGAAGGUUUUGAAUUAACAACUUCAAGUUCCUCAAACUUGUCAAAUUGUUUUGUUGUUUUGACAAAUACAAGGUUCUUCGGGAUGAAGAAUUUGCUUUUGAUUCAUAUUAUUAUUCACCUUUAAGCAAAUGAUUUUUCUCUUGAUGCACUAGAGCAAAGAAGAUAAAAACUUUAGUGACCCCAUUUUAUUCAUCUUAUUGCUAUUUAUUUAUUUUUAGAAAUACAGGAAAUUUUUUAAAAUUAUUUUUUUUUUAAAUAUACCAAAUAUCGAACAAAAAUAAAACUCCAGUAUGCUAAAUAUUUUGUUUAAUCUUUAUAAAAUUUUAUUAUAGAUUUAAUAAAGCAAUAGUGUUUUUUUUCCUUUAAAGAGGUGCUAAAUAGUAUUAAAUUAAGAUUUGCCCUAAUAGAAAAUAUUGCCCGAGACAAUAAAAUAAUUACUUCUAAUGAUUAAUAUGUAUAUACAUAUAAGUAAUUCUUUUCAAAUAAAUGCCAUUAUAAUUGUAAAAAAAAAUAUAUUGAAUGUUUAUUAAAUUCUCAGACUGCUAUAUUUUUGGCUAAUAAAGCUCUAGUUGCAUAAGAUAUAAUUAUGAUAGAUCUUAAAAAAAGCUCAUUUAUUUUUUAAUCUUUGAAAGUUCUAACAUUAAAUCGAAAGGGAGAUUUUUUUCAGUUAUAAUGAAAAUUUAUCAGACAGUAAGAAUUAGUUAGGUUCGUUUUAUCAAAUAUGCACUGUAAAUUUAAGUAAAAUACCUGUGGUCUUACACUAUAGUAACUUUCAGUAAUCCUUCAAUAAAAUAUCAAUCCCUUUUGAAGAUUUUCUAGUAAUCUAUAAUUUUUUUAUUUUAUGUUUUCUAAAUUUAAAAAAAAAUAUACAUAUAUAUAAUAUAUAGAAAAAUGUUUUAAUUUUUUUUUCAUUGUUAUAUAUUUUUUAUAUCAAUGAUCUGAGCCAAAUACUUAAACAAUUACUAUAUUCUAUCUGUUUAAAUUAUGAAGCAUGUGCUUCAGCUUCUAAAUGUGAGCACGUUCAAGAAAAAAUGUUAUCUCCAAGAGUAAUAAUUACCAUUAUUAGAAAAAGUAUAGUUAAUCUCCCAAAAUUAAAUCUUGAAUACGCUACUGAUUUUAGGUAAAGCUUGCACAUUUUAUAAAUGUAAUAUUUUAUUUUAAAAUUCAGCUAGGACUGAUGUAAACUUAAAAUAUUUAUUAUUUUAUCUUAGUGUCGAGUAUUAUCCAAGGUUUUUUCUUAUAAUUUUUUAUUAUAAUUGGAAAAAUUCCAACCACACAACAUUUUUUUUAUCUUUUAGCGUUAUAGACCAUGUAUAUCUUUUGCCGCCUUAACAAGCCUGCUCCAUCUCUGCCUGUCUUAGGAUAUUUAUUUCCAGUUAUCUGCACGCAACUCUAUUGCAUCUUUGUUGAUUCUAUCUAUCCAUUUUCUUUUUAGUCUUUCAUGUUGUCUUUUGCCUUCUAUUUGCAUCCUUGUUAUAGAGGCUGCCAGAUGGCUACGAGCUUCAUACCCCACUCAUCUUAACCUCCAUGCCUUUAUAUCAUGGGAUAUUUAUUGAACAAUUUCUAUAAGCAGUUCUUUAUUGGUAUUUCUUCUACAUGUGCUAGUAUUCUGAUCCCAGAUCGCUCCGGUUAUCGUGCGAAGAAUUUUCCUCUCAAAUCUUUCAAUACUUUUUUUGUAGGGUGCUGUUUACUGUCCAGGUCUCGCAGCCAUAUAUUAGAACUGGCUUUAUCAUAGCAUUGUACACCCUUAAUUUGAGAUUUCUUGAAAUUUUUUGGAAUUUCAAUAACUUAGGAAGGGAGAAGAAAGCUUUAUUCAUUGAGGUUAUUGUGAAGCCGGGGUAUUUCAAUUUUUCUACUUUCAGGAAUGAUUUUCCUUCAACAUAGAUCCUUUUAUUGUAUGCGUUUCACCAUUUUAGGCAUCAUCUGGAAACAAGAGAGAAUCUAAUCGAAGAUCACAUCGCUUCAUGACAUUCAAUCGCAUACUCUAUGUAUGAAUUGACAAAACGUUGACGAGUUUUUUAUUUUUUUGCCUGCAUUUUGGAGGCAUAGGCUGUGUGGUUGGAAUUUUUCAAAUUAUAACCUAAUAUUAAUGGUCUGUCUCUUGGUGAUUUUUUUACAGGUUUAUAUUAAUUUAUUUUUAUUUUAUUCAAAAACAUUGUAUGUUCCUAUUAAAUUCUUGAGAUUAGAUAUCUGCAUCUUAUGUGAAGAAUUUUUUACGCAAUAUGACAAGGAUGCAUUAUAUCUAUCGAUAGGUGCUAAAAAUUAUUUCUCCAUUAGGUAUAAACAGUUAUGAGGUAAACAUUAGGGUUUGGAAGAUAACUUAUCUGAAGUUAUAGGAUUUCUAUAAUUUUCUGUAAUCAAUCAAAAUGAAAAUGCUUUUCUGAAAAUUAAGAAUCUUUUCGAUUUAACCAUUUUUUUUUUAUCUGGGCUAUGAUAUGUACUAUUUAUGUUUGUGCCCUAAUUUUUGUAAUUAAUAGGUUUAAAUGUAACACAAAACCUUGUAUAGUAGUGUAACAUAAUGUAACAGAUGUGACUUUUGUUUGUUUGUUGUUUUUUUAUAAAACUCAGAACCAGCUUUAAAUCAAAUUAUUUUAUUGUUUAAAAUAUAUAUAUAUAUAUUUUGUUAUGCUUUUGUUUUUUAAACAUCUUUACAUAAAUGUAUUCCAUACUGCCUUGUAAAAUAAAUUGCAUUUAAAUAUAACUUAUGUCUUUG